AAGAAGAAGAAGAUUGGAUGUGGACAAAAAAAGCUACACAGAAAGGUCAGAUUACGUGUUCUGUGUUCAAAGUUGAAAACAGUGUAGAAAAGAAUAAUCCAAUCAUUUCUGGUCAUAUUGAGCAAGAUAUAAGCUUCUCUUGCGAUGUGGUUGUUGUCUCUUAUAUUUUAUAUAUGCAUAUAGUGGAGGAAGCAAGAAAGAAGGAAAGAAAGAUGUUGGAAGGGAAAGGACUGAUCAAGGAAACUGACAUGCCAGAGAAGAUGCAGAUUCAGGCCAUGGCUUCUGCCUCUCAAGCCCUUGAUCUCUAUGAUGUAUUUGAUUGCAAAUCUAUUGCUGCCCACAUCAAAAAGGAAUUUGACAGGAAAUAUGAAGAGGGAUGGCAAUGUGUUGUAGGUUCCCACUUUGGGUGCUUCUUCACUCACUCACAAGGGACUUUUAUUUAUUUUGCACUUGAGAGACUCAAUUUCCUUAUCUUCAAAUCCGCCUCCUGGCCCUCCUCCUCUUCAUAAAUUUCCGUAACCUACAACAUAUACAUUGUAUUUUAUUGGUAUGUAACCAAUUCUUCUGUGUAAAUACAAGGUACUCUAGUAGUUCGAUUGUCUUUCUUUUCUAGUAUUCAA